AAAGCCCCUUUCUAAAUUAUAAUACGUGAACAGGACGCUCGACAACCAAGGAAACGCACAUUUGAUUGGAAGUAACAGUAUCGGGGACAAUUAAGCGGGCAAUUACGGCGGUCGUCUAGCCAUCCUCCUGACAGUAAAAACCCGACGCUGGCGCUUGUUCAGCGCUCAUAAUGAAUUUAUCCCGUCCACGCCUGCGCAGUCACCACUCAUCUUUGAAUCUCCUGCGAAGGAGAAAGCAGCAGGCGGCUCUCGCUGGUGUCUAGCUGGAGAGCGCUUUGACUGAACGUCUUGGAUUUGGUCCCGUCAACGAGAGUCAGAGCUGUGAAACUGUGCCUGGUAUCAACGCGUUUGGAUAUCUUUUCCCACUACAGUAACACUUCAACCGUAGAGGUUCCGAACCCAUCCUGAGACCGCAACACCGGGCCGCAGAGGGACAAGAGGAAAGUACUGCGCAAGGUGAGACAGAGGGAAGCAGAUCAGGUCUGUAGGCAGGGGGCUCUGAGGGGAGCGUAUGAGGAGGAGUCAGAGAGCAGAGGAGACCCCUGACCUGUCCUGACAACACAGAGCUGCCCCGGCAACACACCCGGGCCACACAAGGAGACGGACAAGGAGCACCCACUCCUUUCGCAGGCAUGAGGUCCUUCCGUUCGUUCGGUAAUGAUGACCGUCACGUCAUGGCCAAACACUCCACCAUCUACCCAUCGUCGUCUGAACUGGAGGCGGUCCAGACCCUGGUGUCCACCGUGGAGGGUGCACUCAAACACGUCUCUGAUUGGAUAGACCAGAGCAAUGUCCAAUCGGUGCAGAGUAACAGCCAGGCAGACGCAGCAGCCGGCCAGACAGACGGCCAGCCGAACCCCACAGACAGCACAAUGACAGAGGACGGUAGUGCUGACCAUGACGACAACCUUAACGACGACCCCGACGUUAGUCCCAGCGCCAGCCCAGAUGACUGCACAGACAGCAGCUGCAGGGAGCCCGGUGGAGGUGUGCUGUGUGGGGUGAUGAGGAUCGGCCUGGUGGCUAAAGGGCUGCUCAUCAAACAGGACAUGGAUCUGGAGCUGGUGCUGAUGUGUAGAGAGAAACCCACUGAUGCACUGCUGUGCACUGUCUGUGACAACCUGCCCCUGCAGAUACAAAAGUUAACCGAAGACAAGUAUGAGGUGCAGCGCUGUGUGCCAGAGGCAGCCAUCUUGGUGUGUAGUACGACAGAGCCAAAACUCACCCUGAAGGUCACCCUCACCUCCCCGCAGAUGAGAGAGGACAGCGACACAGACGAACAAGUGGAGGGUGUUGAGCUGACAGACCCGGCAGACAUGCUGGACAGGCACAGAUGCCUGGUGGCCCUGGCGGCUCUGCGACAUGCCAAAUGGUUCCAGGCCAGAGUAAACGGCUUGAAGUCGUGUGUCAUCAUCCUCAGGAUCCUGAGAGACAUGUGCAAUAGACGACCAGCCUGGGAGCCGCUGAAAGGAUGGCCCCUGGAGCUAAUCUGUGAGAAGGCCAUAGCCACGUGUAACCGGCCGCUUGGUGCAGGGGAGGCCCUCCGUCGGGUCAUGGAGUGUCUCGCCUCAGGAAUCCUCCUUCCAGGAGGACCAGGGUUACACGACCCGUGCGAGAAGGAGCUGACCAACACCCUAACGGCCAUGACAGACGAGGAGGCAGAGGCCAUCACAUACAGCGCACAGCACGCUCUGAGACUGAUGGCGUUCGGUCACAUCUACAAGGUGCUGGAGAUGGACCCUCUCCCCUCCCAGAAGUACCCCUGGUCAGACAGGGAGGGCUCAGGGCUGAAGAGGCCCUACGAGGACGGGCCCACGGACGACAAAGACCUCAUCAAGAAGAUGAAGAGGAACCUGAGGAAAGUCCUCGACAGCAAAGCAAUAGACACCAACCAACCAAUGAAUGCUCUGAUGCGUCUGAAUCAGAUACGUCCAGGUCUGCAGUACAAGCUGCUGUCCCAGUCCGGCCCGGUCCACGCUCCUGUCUUCACCAUGUCUGUAGACCUAGACAGCACCGUCUACGAAGCCUCGGGCUCCUCCAAGAAGACCGCCAAGCUGCAUGUCGCUGUCAAGGUUCUGCAGGCGAUGGGUUACCCCACAGGGUUCGAUGCAGACCUGGACUGCAGUGCAGACGAGAAGUCGGACGGAGAGGGGAAGAGCGAAUCAUCUACACACUCAAGCAAUAACACAGCACACUCAGACAACUCAAAUACACUGGAGGUCCGAACUCAGGGUCCUAUUCUGACGGCCAGUGGGAAGAACCCCGUCAUGGAACUGAACGAGAAGCGCAGGGGUCUGAAGUACGAGCUCAUAUCAGAGAGCGGGGGCAGCCACGACAAACGCUUCGUCAUGGAGGUGGAGGUGGAUGGUCAGAAGUUCCGCGGGGCGGGGCCUAAUAAGAAGGUGGCGAAGGCUUCGGCUGCGUUGGCUGCUCUGGAGAAACUCUUCUCUGGCCCCAACGCCGCCGCCGCCAACAACAAGAAGAAGAAGAUCAUCCCACAACAUGCCACUAAAGGAGCCCUAGCUGCAGUGGCAGCCUCAGCGGUAGCAGCCCAGGUGGCCAGAGGGAGAGGUCGAGCGGCGGCCCUGACCAGAGGAGCCUUCGUCAGCGCUGCCGCACCAGGGUACACACAGAUACCAGGCUUCGGGACUCCAUAUGGAUACAGUGCUGCAGCCGCCCCAGCCUACGGUGGUCUUUUCAUUGACAAUCCUUUUUACCAGCCUCGGACCAUCGCACCAUUUAUUAUUCAUUUGGGUCCUCAAGAUCUCUUCUCUGACUUCUAGAACCAUCAGGUUGUGUGGCUUCUAAACUGUCGUACCUACAGUCCCGCUAAGGAGCUUGACCUUUGACCCAGCAGGCUGUCUGUCCGUCUCCCACCGUACGGUACAGAGCCAGCGAGCGGUCAAACCGAACUCCUCUCACUCUGUUCUGUCUCCUCACAACCCAAAUCAAAGGAAACAAACCUUAAAAAAAAGCAAUACUUGAUUUGACUUUUUUGACUCUCAGCUGCAUCAAAACUGAAGGCUGAGUACCUUGGUCUUUUAGUCUCUUUCUUAUAUAGCAAUACUACACCUGAACUUUUUGGCUUCAAGCUUACUUGAGAUGAUGACGUGAAUGUUCAAUUGAGUCUUACCCAAACACAGCAUUGCAAUAGGUCAUUUCAACUGUAUAUUCACUGUGUGUGUAUGUGUGGCUAUACCAUGGAAUAUAUGCAUAUAUGUGUAUGGUAUGUGUUCCUAGAAAUAUAUAUAUUACAUGUGCUGAAACUAUUUAGGGUGUACGCGUGUGUAAAUAUGAUAUACUUAUUGUUGGUAUAAAUUAUUUUAGAAUUACAAAAGUGAAAUGUAAUUAUAAUCCCACAGUAUAGCUUUCUUCUUCUUCCAGUUUUAUAUACACUAAGCAAUUUACUCUACUCUAGUACAAUGCAAUAUGAAACGUGUUUCUUAAUGAACCUGUGCUCACAGACUAGCGUAGUGAUGCUUCCUUUUGUUUUACCCCGAUGUCUAUCUCAUCUGAGCCUUUCUGGACACGCUCAAGUCUCUCUGGUCUAAGGCUCGCUAGCACAGCCCGGUCAGUCGAGAGUCGCUCGCUCACUCAACCUAGCAACCCUACCGCCCUCUCUAACACACUUCCUAUGUGACAGCACACAUUACUUUCCUGUUGACUUCCGGUCAGAAAGCACACUUCUCUACUCAGUGGAACAUUUCUCAUUGCUCUACUGCUAACAGGCGUACGCUAGUGGAGGUUGCUGGGGGG